GGCCCCGCGCUCCCCGCCGCCCCUCGCACGACGCCUCAUCCGCCCGCGCGUCCGCCCAUGGCCGGGAAGGUGCUGUCGCUGCUGCCGCCGCUUCUGCUGGCCGCGGCGGGGCUGGCCGGGCUCCUGCUGCUGUGCGUCCCCAGCCGCGACGUCCGGGAGCCGCCCGCCCUCAAGUAUGGCAUCGUCCUGGACGCUGGCUCUUCCCACACAUCCAUGUUCAUCUACAAGUGGCCCGCGGAUAAGGAGAAUGACACAGGCAUCGUGGGCCAGCACAGCUCCUGUGACGUGCAUGGAGGGGGGAUCUCCAGCUACGCGGACAACCCUUCUAGGGCAGGCCGGAGUCUCGUUGAAUGCUUGGACCAGGCACUUCAGCAGGUGCCCAAGGAGAGACACAGGGACACGCCCCUCUACCUGGGAGCCACAGCAGGCAUGCGUCUGCUCAACAUGACCAGUCCAGAGGCCUCGGCCAAUGUGCUCGCGGCUGUGACCCAGACGCUGACCCAGUAUCCCUUUGAUUUCCGUGGUGCCCACAUCCUCUCGGGCCAGGACGAGGGGGUGUUUGGUUGGGUGACCGCCAACUACCUGCUGGAGAACUUCAUCAAGUAUGGCUGGGUGGGCCAGUGGUUCCGGCCGAGGAAGGGAACGCUGGGGGCCAUGGACCUGGGGGGCGCCUCCACUCAGAUCACCUUCGAGACAGCCAGCCCCGUGGAGGAUCCAGCCAACGAGGUCCAGCUCUGGCUCUACGGCCAGCCAUACCGCAUCUACACACACAGCUUCCUCUGCUAUGGCCGGGACCAGGUUCUCUUGAGGCUGCUGGCCAGUGCACUGCAGACCCACGGCUUCCACCCCUGCUGGCCGAGGGGCUACUCCGCCCAAGUGCUGCCUCGGGACGUGUACGCGUCCCCAUGCGUGGCGGCCCAGAAGCCCCAGGCCUUCAACAGCAGCGCCAGGGUCAGCCUGUCUGGGGCCAGCGACCCUGCCCUCUGCCGCAGCCUCGUCGCGGGACUCUUCAAUUUCUCCUUCUGCCGCUUCUCCCGAUGUUCCUUCAACGGCAUCUUCCAGCCCCCUGUGGCUGGGAAAUUCAUCGCCUUCUCCGCCUUCUUCUACACCAUGGACUUCCUGAGGACAGUGAUGGGGCUCUCUGUGGCCACCGUGCAGCAGCUGGAGGCCGCGGUGGUCACGGUGUGCAACCAGACGUGGAGCGAGCUGCAGGCUCGAGCCCCGGGACAGCGAGCCCACCUGCCUCACUACUGCGCCGGGGCCAUGUUCGUGCAGCAGCUGCUGAGCCACGGCUACGGCUUCCAUGAGCGCGCCUUCGGAGGGGUGACCUUCCAGAAGAAGGCCGGGGACGCCGCAGUGGGCUGGGCGCUCGGCUACAUGCUGAAUCUGACCAACCUGAUCCCCGCCGAGCCGCCGGUGCUGCGCAAGGGCACAGACUUCGGGGCCUGGGUCGUCCUGGUCCUGCUCUCAGCUGCCCUGCUUCUGGCCGCGACCAUCCUGCUGCUGUGCCGGGCGCGCGCGGCCAAGGCGUCCAGCGCCAUCUAGGGUCGGGCUGGGGGCGGCCGCCCUCCGGGACCCCGGC